UGAGCCCCCGUGAGUCAGGAGCGCACGCUUAUGUCACUGCAUGCAUGAGCGUCUGAAGAGAAUGGCGAGGUUUCUAACCCGUAAUAUAAGGACUUUUUUGACCACACACAUCAGAAUGUCUUCCGACCAGCUAGGAGAACUGGGUAAAGGUGCUGGGAAAGGAGGUGGCGGAGGAGGAGCGGUGAGGGAGGCAGGAGGUGCUUUCGGCAGGAAACAAGCAGCCGAGGAGGAGAUGUACUUCAAGAGAAAAGAGCAAGAACAACUGGCUGCUCUUAGAAGACACCACCAGGAAGAGAUUGACCACCACCAAAAGGAAAUCGAGAGAUUACAACAUGAAAUCAGUCGCCAUGAGGGCAAAAUCAGAAAACUUAAAAAAGAUGACUGAGACUAGCGACUCUAGACAUUACAGUUCAUAAAAAGUGCCGCACACAGAAUGUUUCAAAUGGGAUUAAAUAAUUGUAGAUGCAUUAUUUUUUUUAAGAAUUUGAGAUGAAAGCAUAUUGGAAUACAGAUAGAACUUAAACACUGAAAUAAAAUGUGUAUUUAAUCAGUGCAGUUUCUCCUCUUCACAAUAAAUAUAAAAUUGUGUCCCAAA